AUGGCUGUCGAAAAAGUCACUGAUGCCCCUGUCGUGGGUGAAAAAGGUGUCGUGAGAGAUGUUGACGAAAGAGCUCCUGUUGGCAAGGAGACGUUUACCGCUACAGGAGAAGAAUAUGAGCAGGAUGAUUUCAUGACCAGGACAGGCCUCAAUGCAAAGUCUUUUACGAGAAAGCAUUAUGGCUUGGGUCUUGUUGAGUUGGAUCGCAAGAUGAAGCCCAGACAUCUUCAGAUGGUUGCUAUCGGGGGAUCAAUCGGUGCUGGAUUCUUUGUUGGUUCUGGUUCUGCUUUGAGCAAGGGUGGCCCUGCUACUUUGUUCAUCGACUUCUUCCUCGUCGGUGUCAUGGUCUUCAACGUCGUCUACGCAAUGGGCGAGUUAGCCGUCAUGUAUCCUAUUUCUGGAGGUUUCUAUACCUACGCAGCACGCUUCAUCGACCCUGCAUUCGGCUUCGCGAUGGCUUGGAACUACUGCCUUCAAUGGGCAGCCACGCUUCCCCUGGAACUAACAGUCUGCGCCAUCACCAUCCAAUACUGGGCCCCUGAUUCGAAUCCCGGUAUCUGGAUCGCCAUUUUUCUCGCCGCUAUUACUAUUCUCAACAUGUUUGGCACCCUCGGCUACGCGGAAGAGGAAUUCUGGGCUGCUUGCUUCAAACUUACGUCUAUCUCCAUCUUUAUGAUCAUCGCCCUUGUGCUCGUCUGUGGCGGAGGACCUUCGAGUGGUAGUUAUGACACGUACCAAGGAUUCAAACUCUGGCAGGACCCAGGUGCUUUCAAAAAUGGAUUCAAAGGAUUCUGCUCUGUUUUUGUUACGGCAGCGUUUUCUUUCGCGGGCUCCGAACUUGUCGGUCUCGCUGCAGCUGAAUCUCGAAACCCGACCGAAUCAGUCCCCAAAGCAAUUAAACAAGUAUUCUGGCGAAUUUGCUUGUUCUACAUUGUUGCGCUGUUGUUUGUCGGUAUGCUGGUCAGCUGCAACGACGAAAACCUCCUCAGCUCAAGCUCCUACUCCAACAGCGCCGCGUCGCCUUUUGUUCUUGUCGGGAAAUAUUCUGGUCUCAAGGGUCUCGACCACUACAUGAACGCCGUCAUCUUAUCAUCAGUCUUGUCACUCGGUAUCGCUUCAGUGUACGGAGGAUCUCGAACGCUUCUUGCUCUCGCACAACAAGGCUUCGCGCCCAAGAUUUUUACGUGGGUUGAUCGCGCUGGUCGACCUUUGCCAUCUGUUGGAUUCAUCAUUGCUUUUGGAUGCCUUGCUUUCUUGAACCUCGAUGCGGCUGGUCCUGUCAUUUUCGACUGGCUUCUGGCUUUGUCUGGUUUGGCUAUGCUUGUUUGCUGGGGCUCUAUUUGUCUCGCGCACAUCAGAUUCCGAGCUGCGUGGAAGUACAAUGGGCACACCCUUGAUGAAAUCCCCUUCAAGGCUAUUGGUGGCGUUUACGGGUCGUGGGUUGGUUUGAUUUUUGUUGUCGUCAUUCUUAUUGCUCAGUUUUACGUCGCUAUUGUUGCUCCUGUAGGCGAGUCGGGUAUGGGAACAGUUGAAGAUUUCUUUAUGCAAUAUCUUGGACUGCCUAUUGUUUUGGCUUUCUGGGCUGGAGGUGUUAUCUGGAAGCGAACAAGCUGGAUCAGCAUCGACAAGAUUGAUAUCGACACCGGACGACGUGAACAUGAUUGGGAUUCAAUCAACGCUUGGCGAGCGGAGCUUGCUACGUUCCCUUGGUGGAAGAGGUUGAUGUACACACUGUUUUAG